AUGGAGGAGCAGCAGCAGCCUGUAGAAGAAGCUCUCUUCGAGUCAGACGAUGUAGCUGAAGUAGUCGAUACUGUAGAAGAUGCUGCUGAACCAAUGAGUGAAGAUGAAGACAUGGACAUGGAUGUGAUUGGAGACACUGAAGUCACAGAGUCCCAGGCUGAUGAUCAAGCUCUUUCUGUCGAUGAUUCGAUAGCUGCUUUUAGUGAUCAUCAAGAACCGGUAUACUCUGUAGCCAUAAAUCCAACUAAUCCCAUGAUGGCCAUGAGUGGUGGUGGCAACGAUCAAAGCUUUCUUUGGAGACUGGAUACUGGCGAAAGGCUGUUUGACUUUCCGUCACAUACGGACUCUGUAUCUGAUGUAAAAUUCAGUGCCGAUGGACGAUUCGCUGCUAGUGGUUCUAUGGACGGCAAGGUACAUGUCCUGAACCCAGCAGAUGGAACUCUAGUUAAUACAUUAGAGGGACCAAAUGAAAUCACGUGGCUAGACUGGCAUCCACGCGGCGCAGUCCUACUAGCUGGUGGAGGAGAUGGCAGCCUAUGGAUGUGGGCUUUACCAGCAGGCCUAUGCAUGAACGUCUUUGUAAACAACAAUUCCCAACCGGUCACAUGCGGAGCCUUCACUCCAGAUGGGAAGUCCAUAAUAUCAGCAUCAGAAGACAAGACAUUCUGUUUAUGGGAUCCAAAGACUGCUGCUGUAUUGACGCGAAUGUCGUCUGAUGAUGCCAGGUUUCAUCAGAAUGUCGUGACGACUUUGGCUGUGCAUCGGGAUAGCACGCUCGUCUUGUCUGGUGAUUGUGAUGGGUCCGCUAGGCUGCUUCAUUUAGGAAAUGGUCGUAUUUUAGGAGCAUUAGAAAAUCAUGCGGACUCUAUAGAGACUGCUGGAUUCUGCUCAUCUAUGCCGUGGGCUGCUACAGGUUCUGUGGAUAGCACCAUUAGUGUAUGGGACAUCCACACUUUACGACUAAGGCAGACGUUGCGGCAUGAUGAUGCUGUCGUAUCAGUCCAAUGGCAUCCGACAAACCCAUACCUCUUCUCAGCAUCAGCAGACAAGACGGUCCGACUUUGGGAUGCUCGAUCAGGCAAUCAGGAAAGGAUAUGGAGGGGCCAUCAAGCACCUAUACUCUCUAUGGCUCUCUCAUCUGAUGGAAGCCAUGUUAUAACAGGUUCAGAUGAUGGCAGCGCUCUUGUAUUUGCUAUGUAG